CCCGGAAUCACAACAAAAGCUCCCACUUGUUGAGAGUUGUGGUCAAUCAGCUGGAGUGUGGAUCUGUUCUCUGACACCAGCCAUGAUGUCGGCUCUGCUCCACGUGUCGCUGCCCUUCCUCUUCUGUGUGAUGUUUGCCAAUGCCAACACCAGCUUGUUUGACGGAGCGGCGGUGGACUUGUCCUACGACCACUACGCUGAGAGACGGGUGGAGUAUCUACCGCUCUUCCUGGCGAUGCCCUGUAACUGUGCGGUGAACGUGCUUUACAUAUUCAUGGGUGUGUACUGGCUGAGGAACAGAGCAGGGGAGGGGGGACAGAGCUGCUACCUGAGACAAGUGUUCGCCCUCAUGGCCAUCCUAUACGCGCCUGUGCAGUGGACGCGCUUGGCGACGCUGCGGCGCGCCCCCGCCGUGCUCGACCAGUGGUUCACGCUCCCGAUCUUCGCGUGGGUACCGGUGUGGAUCAGCUUCAUCGAGCGCGGCCCGGCCAAGUGGCGCGCUUCUAACGCGGCCACAGUGGAAGCGUGCUCGCUCCUCAGCUACGGCCUGUCGCUUGUGCACGAGCGCGGCUUCGAUGUCGCGCUGUGCUGUCACGUGGCCGUAGCCGUGUUCCGGGGAGUGCGCGUGCAGCAGACUCACGGGAAUAACCGUACUCGCGCGUACCUGCAGCUGGCGGUACUGUCGUGCGCGGGCUUCGUGCUUCUGAAGGUACUGGACCACUGGCUCGCCCGGUACCGACUGUUCCAGCGCUUCACCGGACACUUCUGGUCCAAAGUGUGCGACGUGCUGCAGUUCCACUUCAGCUUCUGUUUCCUGAGCACACUGACGCACAGGGCGCAGGAGAGGAGCGCAGCGCGGCGCCGCUGACACCACCGACACUAGAACCACUUCACCUCACUGUCCGGCCCCCCAGCAACCGUUACUAUGAGCAUUGAUGAUGCUCAAUCAAUGGCUAUCCAUCCAUUGAUGAUGGAUGGAUACCCAUCAUCAAUCUAUUCUAUCUAUUCUAUUCCAUCUCUAUCUAUCUAUCUAUCUAUCUAUCUAUCUAUCUAUCUAUCUAUCUAUCUAUCUAUCUAUCUAUCUAUCUAUCUAUUUAUUUAUCUAUCUAUCUAUUGUUCAAUUAGGAUCAACAUCUCUCCAUCUGUCGCUCUGUCAAUCAAUUACCUAUUUUUCAUAGAUCAGUUAUAAACCAGUAAUUGGAACAAUGGAUUGACAGGUUGUUUAACAUCCACCUCCAUAAUGCACAGUGGUAUAUUGUUGGAUGUGGAUGUGAAGGUGUGAGUCUCCUCUAAGACAACUUACUACAACGCGUUUUGUCUUAAAACCAAUAAUAACUGCAGUCGAGAACCUAUGAGCCCUGGAUUCAAGACACUCAAAUCCUUGCACUUGUUAAUAUUGUAAAUCCAUACUUUAUUAAAAAUGUCAAUCAAA